CGGCUCACAGCAAAGAACUCUGUUUCAUCGUCAACCACAAAAAUGGCAUCCGGAAACUGCGAGCCCCAGUUCCCGCCAGAGAGCCAGCCAACUCAGCCGGCCAAGGAAUACUUGAUGCAGCCUCUCCCUCUGCCCCUCAGCCCUAAACCCUACAAACCCUCUGACAAACUCCUCGGGAAGGUAGCUCUGGUGACGGGAGGCGACUCUGGAAUCGGCAGAUCGGUGUGCCUACACUUCGCCAUGGAAGGCGCCACAGUCGGGUUCACGUACGUCAAGGGCAUGGAAGACGUCGACAAGGACGAAACCAUCAGACUCAUCAAACAAAUCAAACGCCCUUCCUCCAGCAGAGACCCGAUCGCCAUAGCAGCAGACCUUGGAAACGAAUCGGAGUGCCAGAGGGUUGUUGACGAGUUUAUUAAAGAAUACGGGACCAUCGACAUCCUGGUCAACAACGCGGCGAUUCAGUACUACACCGACUCCAUCGACGACAUAACCGAAUCCAGGCUGGAGAACAUAUUCAGGACCAACAUAUUCGCCUACUUCCUCAUGGCGAGGUUCUCACUGAAUCACAUGAAACGAGGGAGCUGCAUCAUCAACACCACCUCCGUCGCGGCCUACAGAGGGAACAGCGAGCUGCUGGAGUACAGCGCCACGAAGGGAGCGAUCGUGAGCUUUACGAGGAGCUUCAGUGCGAGGCUCGUGGAGCAGGGCAUUCGGGUCAAUGCGGUUGCUCCCGGACCCGUUUGGACGCCGAUACAGGUGGCCAAGAUGCCGCCGGAGAGGUCGACCACGUUGGGAUGCGAGGUGCCGAUGAAGAGGGCGGCAGAGACGUAUGAGAUCGCGCCGUCGUAUGUGUUUCUGGCUUCUGAUGAUUGCUCUUCUUACUUCACUGGUCAAGUCCUGCAUCCAAAUGGUGGGGCUUGAUCGUUAAUGCGUAAACCGUUGAACGGCGUUGCAAAUAAGAUACGAAUGGGGAUCGUGUUUCUCCCAUCAAUAAUGUCAGUGUCACCGUUCACAAAGAAGAUACGAAUGGUGAAUUGAUCGUUGUAUAGACCGAAUGAAGUCUGUUACAUGUAUGCAU